GCUAAAAUAUCUAGCAACCUUCACUUUUUGCAUUACCCCUCUCUCUCUCUCUCUCUCUCUCUCUCACACACACACACACACGCAAGGUCACACACAAUGUGCAAUGAGCAUCAACUCCCUUGUUUGCAUUGCCAACCACAAGACUAUAUUAGAAUGGUUCAACAUCUGAUAGAGAGGUGCCUGCUCUUUCAAAUGAGCAGAGAUGACUGCAUCAAGGCACUUGCAAAGCAUGCUAGUAUUCACCCAGUUGUCACUCUUACAGUGUGGAAAGAGUUGCUCAAAGAGAACAAGGACUUCUUCCAAGCAUAUUUCAAUGCUACUUCUCCUAAGCACUCAACCAGUAGAUCUGCUGCUGCUGGGAGGGUAACCUCCUUGAGCCAUAUGGCUUGUUACACGUCCAAUUAGCAAUAUAAUAAAUAGAGUAAGCUUAAGAGCUGAAGACUUGUAUGCUGGUGCAGAUAGCUGCAGAUUAAGUUGUAUAUUCAGCAGUUAGGAGAUAAAAAUAAAGAAUGAAAUUUAAUAUCUCAAGCAUAUAUAAACAUUGUAAAGUUAGUUCCCUACUCAUUUAAUUUGUGUGUAUUUUAUAGCCUUGCCGGUAA